GACAGGUACAAGACACCACUACCACAGUAAUUUCCACUACAUAUGCAAGUUAAGUUGCCAGACACAUAACAAGAAAAGAGAAGUUGUAAAACAACAACUGUGUUCGAGCUCGCUCAGCUAAACUCAGCUUUGCUUUUCUGUCAGAUGUAAAAUGGACGGGCGGUCGUGUUGCUGUGCGCUCGCGAACUCCGCGUUUUAAAAUCGAUGUUAUUAUUGUUUAAUAAUUUACGUGAAUACGAAUAUUGUUUAUGCGAUAUUGUUCGACUACUUCGGUGUUCGGUUGCCGAAGUAGAUUGUGUUAGUGCGUGUGUUUUUCAUAUAUGACGUUUAGCGCUCACUUCACUUGCAGUGAUUUCGCUGAUAGCUCCUUACCGGUGGGUGCGCGUGAUAAACUACGUGUACGGUUUUAAAAAAGGCGAAUUGUCGUCAAGUGUGGGUGUUUUACAGUACCACCAUGCUGUAUACGGUGACAUAGUGAACGUUGAAUUGACCCUGACCUCUGACAAACAUGUCUGGGCGAUCGGAUUGCAGGAAAUUCGCACCAAACAUCUUCAACAAGAGCAAGUGCACUAACUGCUUUCGGCAGAAGGAGGAGCACAGUGCCGAAGCAUUGGAAUCCAAUAGGGCCAGUCGGAAGAUAUCUAAGUGCGGAUAUCUGUUCGUGGCGCCGGGCUGGGACUUCUCCAACCCGCUCUACAGAACAAAGAGAUGGCAGCGGAGGUGGUUCGUCCUAUACGACGAUGGGGAACUAACAUACUCCCUGGACGAGCACCCAGACACGGUCCCGCAAGCCAGCAUCGACAUGACGUCCGUGCUGGAGGUGAGCGAGGCGGACGGGGUCACCGGCCACGCCCACAGCCUCGCCAUCACGGCCCCGGAGCGAGUCACCUUCGUCAAAGGCACCUGCAGGGAGGAGGCGAGAUGGUGGGCUGAUGUGCUCGCAGUCUACCCGAGGAGUAAGGGUCGACACAAAAGGAAUGCCACAUUUCCUGGCGGACAAACAGCGAGCCUGUUGCAGUCAACAACAACGAGAAAGUACUCGGCUGACGCGUCAACGUUGCGCGACGUCGCGGACGGCUGCCCGGCCAGCAGGGCCCGCUACUGCGCCGGGGGCACCACCACGUGGCCAGGGCCCCGGGUACAGCCCCCGCAACCGGAAAAUCCUAGUCUGGCAGCACCCGCGCCUCUCGACACCAAAGUGUACACCGACCAGCCAGUGUCUUCGGCAUCGCCGCCCACCCGCGAUAAGAUCAACGCUGAGGAGAAGGCGCGCUCGCGCCGUCGGGACACCUGGCCCGAAGCACCACAAGGGCCCACCAACGAAGACGAAGGAGGAGUGAACGUGCGCUCGCCGCUACUGCAGCAGCAGCACCAACAGUACGAUGAGCAGCUGCGCGACAUCGCGGCGUCCCUCACCCGGCCGCGGUCCCGACGGGCGCUCCCACCGACCUUGGAACGACCUACCCGCCUGCCACCACCAGACCGUCUUCCCGUUCGCGGAACUCCAGACGGUGGAAUACCACCAGAAGAGGGUAGCUCUAGCUCUUCAAGCGAAGGCAGCGAGCCUACCGAAGUGGAAGUAGCGGAGGGGGGUGAAGGGGGCAGGGUGGAAUUGCCAGCUGAGCGAUUACUACACGCGCGGGCCGGUUGGCUGCAACGCAGGGGUGCCGGGGGCUGGUCCAGACACUGGUUUGUGCUGCGAGGCGCCGCCCUGCUCUACUUCAGGGACCCUCACGCUGAACACAGAGGACUAAUGGAUGGAGUCAUCGACCUCAGUGGCGUAGCAAGAGUAGCGGACCUACCAACCUCCGCCUCUACCAACGGUUAUGCUUUUGAAACAAAGACGUGGGACGGAAAACAUAUAGUUCUAUCUGCGGUGACAGCGGGUAUCAGAGCUAAUUGGGUUGCGGCCAUUCAAAGAACAGCCGGUCUUUCUGACUCUGGCCCUCUUACGUUGAUACUUCGAGAAGACACGGUAGACCAAACAUCGGAGUCGUCGACUUCCCCAGUCACACCAGUAACGCCUAUCACAGGGCGGUCGGCGCCAUUUUCGUCAGACGAGGAAUAUAGAACAGCGUCAGAGGGAGGAAGAAGAGAUAGCGCCGACUGGGGAGACGUUGUCGCACCACAGCCUCCACCGUCUCCAAUUCUCAACCGGACACCGAUAUCCAAAGUUAAAGAGAAAGUGCGUGCCCGAAGUUGUCACCAAAUACAAGCUAGAAUCGACAGUCCUAAAGAAGAUAAAGACGAACUUGACACCAAAGAAAAAGAACUAAACGACGUAAACGAAACCGAAAAACCCUCCGAAGCACGUAAGCGCAGUUAUGUAGCGACCAUCGACAAGCAAUCAAUUGAAAUUGAAGGCCUACGUAAACAGCUAAAAUUGGCGCUUAGCGAUGUCAACUCAGCUGAAUCCGAACUUGCCAGAUUACGAAAGCUUAAAUCGGAGGCAGCUAUGAGAGAACAGAAAAUGGAAGAUCUAGUUACUACCUUGCAAAAGAAGGAAGAAGAACUAAUAGUGAGAACAAAAGAAGCGGAGAGCUUAAACACUAUUAAGCAGCUCUAUAGUCAAGAUAAGACGAUGUGGGAGAAUAAAUUAACCGAAACGCAAAACUUUUUAAAGGAAUCUACUGAGCACUGUGAGCUGUUAACGAGACAGCUUACAUCUGCACAAGAGACGAUAAAACAGCUACAGAGAGAGCUUAACGAUUUAAAUGAGAAACUUCUCAGGAGUGUCAAAGAAAACGAAAACUUGUAUUCUAGAAUAAAAGAUCUAGAGGCAAGAGUUGCAGCAGAAUCGCCAACUAGAGAAAAAAGGAAAAGCAUAGGUUCUCUCAGCGAUCUUGCGAACAUUAAUCACGAUUUAAAUAUAGAUUCUUUAGAAAAAACCAGACUGAUAGAAGAAUAUGUAGAAUUAAGGGAUAGGUUUUCAAAAGCUAUCCAAGAAAUUAAAGCUAUGAAAAAAGAACUCCGAGAGUCGCAUAAUAUGUACGACGAACUCGAAAUUACAAAUAUGAAAUUAAAAAAUGAAAUGAAGUUGAGGGAACAGUGCAGUAGAUCCGAGAUCGAUCUAAUGGCUGCUCGAAUUUUAGACUUGACGCAAAAGCUAACCGCCUCUGAUAAACAAGUCCGGACAUUAAAACAUAAAAUACAAAAGUCAGAGUCAAGAGAAAAGAGACGCAGCUUGUCAUUAAAAGGAAGGGAAUCUUUAACUUUGGGAAAAGAAGUAGAGGAAAAGUUAACUGAACUAGAAAAUAAAAUCACUUUGCUGGAGACAGGAGAGAUUGUACCAACUAUAAAUUCCCCCUCUAAAAGUGCAUCCCCAGCCAAAGAAAAAGCUUCUAAGUCUGAUAGUCUGUCUGAUGAAAAACGUAUGAAAAGGUUAGCCGCGCGGCUAAGGAGGAAAUCCCUCGACAGCGCGACGAGCUCCGAACCGAUGAAGAUGCUCGUCCGGCUCAGCUCGCUAGAAACUAAAGUGGCCUCCGCUCUGGAGAACCGACGCGACCUUACCAACUCCUGCGAAUCUCUCAGUCAAGCGACGAGAUCCACCGAUAGUCCUAUUUUCAACGACACCCCCGACAGUUCCACAGUCGGCACACAAUCGCAGAGGCAUCUUCUCGACAGAUUGCAAAGUCUCGAGAGCGUCGUCAUCCACUCGAGAAACAAAGUGAACGAGUGUCUCUGCCAGAUGAGCGCGAUGCGCGCGGCUAAGUCUAGAAGAUCGCCGUCCCCCAGUCUCGAAAAGAAAUACAGUAUACGAUCGAUGGAGAAGUGUCUCACCGAAGUCAGCAAGAGACUCCAGGAGUGCUUCGACCGUUGCGUAAUCGGCGGCGAGAAGACCGAAUCGAGCGAGCAGGAGAUAGACGACGGAGUUGCACGAGCGGUCGCGCAGCUCGAGGAGCGCCUGCGGACGAAGCUGCUCGAGAUCUCGAGGAGGAAGGCGGCGCUGUACGAGGCCGGCGAGCUGACGCAGCGGCGAAGCCUCGAGCUGCUCGCGGAGAAGCUCGCCUACGAGGCCGUGCUCGUCGGCAAGAUCCAGGAGGCGCUCAAUGCCGCCGACGGCGGGGCGUUCUUCGCGCGGCUCGUGCGCGCCGAGAUCGCCGAGACCGACCGGUUAAUCGAUGACCUGCGGCGCCGAGUCAACGGGGAAGCCCCGCGGGCGGCCGGUGCGACCAGGAGCUCACUCGACCACCUCGCGCGGAUACUGUCGCGGCGCAUCGACCUCGCCGACGCCUCGCGGGAGGCGCGGCCGAGACGUGUACAUCUCGCAAUUCACGAGGCCGACCUCGAUGCUUUAAGAGCAGCGCAGCGGGAGGUCGGCGAGGCUGUCGACCGGUACAAGCGGGAGAGGCUCGCGGAGCUGCGCUCUACGCUCGGAGAUGGGGAGGUGGGGGCGGAGGCGGCGCGCAGAUGCGGGGAAGCUUGGGCGGCCGCGCGGGACGCGCUCGGUGCGGAGCUGGUGCGGGCCGAGCUGGCGCGGGCGCUGUCUCGGGCCGCGGUGUUGUGCGAGCGGCGACUGGACGACGCGCGGGACUCACACCUGACGCUGGUGGCGCAAGACCGCGCCGACCUCGAGCUUUGGUGGAGCGCCGCGCACGACCGCCUGCGCGCUGAAAUGGAGGACGUGGCGAGGGAGCUGGCGGGCGCGAGCGGGGGUAGCGUCGGCAGCGGGGUGCGGGCGGGGUCGCCGGCCCCGGGCGCGCUGGCGGCGCUGGCGGAGGUGGUGGCGCUGCGGGCACUGGUAGACGCGCGCGUGGCGGUGCUGGAGGGCACGCACCGCGCCGCCGGGCCCGUCAGCGAGGACGCGCUCCCCUGCGCCGGGGAUGCCGUCUCCUCGCUGGAGGCCGACCCCGCCGAGGAGGCGGAGUUCGUGUACCUGUUCCAGCGCUUCUCGAACGAGUGCCGAGCGCUCUUCUCCAGUGACUGUUCCGGCAACAGUGAAGACUCGAUGAAGAUCGGCGAGAGCCUCGAGCGGGUGGAGGCUGCGGUGGCAACGGUGGCGCGGCGGCUGGCGGGGGAGGAGGGGGUGGAGGAAGACGAACCGCGCGAGGAGGGGGAGGGGGGGCGAUCGGUGCUGGAGCGCGUGGAAGCGCUGCGUCGCCGCGUCGAGGCUCUGCAAGCGCUGGUGCCCUGCCAGCACUGCAAGCAGCUACAGGACGCGUUAGACAGGCUUCAGGCUGAGCGCGCGCGCGGCGAGUGUGCGCUGGCACAGCAGGCGGGCGCAUUAGCCGCGGCGAGACGUGCGCGGGCGCAGCUACAAGCGCAGCACGAGCGCGAGCGGGGCGCGCUACGGGAGCGCGCGCGCACGCUGCAGCGCCGCCUCGCCGCGCUCGACAGCGAGUACGCUGCGCAGCUGGACAACCUGCGCGCUGCCUACCAGAGUGCCGUGGCAGCGGACACGCACGGCGAUGGAUUGCGCGCGCGCUACCAACAAGAGAUCGAGCAACUGCGCGCGCUCUGCGAGAAGGGACUGCUUGCUAUGGAGAGCUCGCACCGCCGCAUCGUGCGAGAGAUGGAGGAAAAACAUCGCGCCGAAAGAGAUCAACUCAGGCUGGACAAAGAACAAGCGUUGGCUGAAGAGACGCGCGCCACACUAGCGGCGCUGGACGCGAUGCGAAAGGCGCACGAGAACGAGGUGCGCCGCGAGGUCGACAAGUUCAAGGCGGAGUUCCUGAGCCGCGGCGCCUCGCACGACCUGUCGCAGCUCAACUCCAGGCACCAGCAAGAGAUGGAGGAGAUCAAGCGCGAGAUCCUGUCGCUGUCGGAGAAGUACUCAGUGAAAUGCGUGGAGUCGGCCGCAUUAGAAGAAAGACUCGCGGCCGCCACGCAGCAACUAGCGCACGCGCGCAACCACAUCAUGCAACUGGACUCCAGAAAUAAGCAACUCCGCGCCCACAUAAUAUCGGAAGCGAACGAAAUGAAGAACGGCGAAGCGUCCUCACUCGGGCAACUCAUCGAGGAGACUGCUCCGCAUGGGGCGGAGGCGCCGCUGUGGGCGCACCUGAGGCAGCUGGCCGCAGCCUGGCGCCGACAUCAUAGGCACACAGGUAACGGAGCUAGACCGAUCCACUUUAAAAGUUUGUCAUUCGAAUAUAUUUGGUUGCUAAAUUACUCGCGCGAUCAAAAUCAACAGAAGUAGAUACUUGAAAAGUUUGUCUUGUCAUUCGGACGUAUUUGGCUAUUAAAUUACACGCGAUUGAAAUUAUAAUCUGUUUUAGGCAUUAGUUUACAUCUGCUGUGGACACAGCGAGGAUUCUUGGGCGCCUGCUAUCUAUAACUACGUAGUAUUGGCAAAUGUAGCAGUAUUGGCAAAUGUAUCUUAAGAAGUCAAAGACUUUUUAAGAAACUUUCUGUGUAAAAAUGUUUUUCUCGUUAAUGUCGAAUGUUAAUUUUUUUAUGAAACAAUUUUUGAGUACACCAACAAAUGUAACCUACCCUACAUUUUUUAGGAAUAGGGCUGAACUAAAUAUUAUUUAUAAUGAUACUUUUUACAUUUUAUUUGAUAUCAAAAUAACACUAUCAUUUCACAGCUACGUAUAUUUUCAAAAUUAAAUGAGAAUUUGUGAGCAGGUACUACGCAUUUUUUACAGUUAACAGCUUACAUUUAGUUUUAAGUUUUACAUUAUUUCAUUACAUCCUUAAUCUAAAUAAUAAUUUAAAAUAAAGAGGUUUGCUUUGCACUCACUGGGUUUUAUACGAGUUUGGUGUGGUUUAAAUUAUUGCACGGUCGUGGUAUUUUAAGUUUGAACUGUAUUAUAAUAAAUAUAUCUUAUAUUGUACUUAUAGACAACUAAAUUCUAAUUUACCAAAUUAAUCAAUAAAUUAAAAAUAGUUUUGUGUGAGUUACCGUACAGAAAUCUUUGAUUAGUAACUGGAUAGAUAACACACAGCUUUCUGACACGAUAUCAGUUGGGCAAGUGUUGAUCAAUAGUACCCUUAGUAAAAACCCUUAAACCAAUAUCGAUUUCGAAUAGUUGAAUUCGAUGUCAAUAUGUGUCAAAUGUCAAGAAGUAAUUAAAAUUUUAACAGCGCAGCGCAGCGUAAAAGAAUGUAAUAAGUUCUCGUUACGUCCGCUUAAAAAGUUUAAUUUAUUUAUUGAAAAAAACAAAAAAUAAAUUAAACGUUACGUUACGUAAAAUCUUCUUUCCGUUACGUAAAAUCGUCCAUACAAAACUUUUUGACAUCUGACGUAUGUCGAGAUCGAAUUCAACUAUUCGAAUUCGAUAUUGGGUCGCGCUAAGGGUACAGUUUUAUUUUAGGUAAUAUUAAUAACAGAUUUAUUUUAAAAUAGUUUUAUGUGAAUCACCGCACAUAAGUCUUUGUUUAGUAACUGGAUAACACAGCUUUCUCACACGAUGUCCUUUGGAAAAAUUAUGAUCGGGGAGGUAACAGUGGUGUAUUGUGCAGGGGAAAUCGUCGCGAGCGAGUCCCCUGCUGGAGGCGGUGCGGCCGGCGCGGCCCGCCAAGAUUCAGUUCGCGAAGACAGAGAGCACCAGGAACAUGCAGCUCUCACCCGUCCAGAACUAAAAGCGUCGCAGCGCUGCUCGGCGAGCGGUCGCGCGACAAUGUCGCCGCUCGUGGGGAUGGUCGCUGAGCGGAAAAAGCGCUUCGAGCUGUGACCUGCGGGCAGCGUACAGCUAUACUACUUCACCAUGCAGCGCUACAAACGCUGCAUAGCGCUUAAACGCGUAGCCAAAGUGCACGAGUUGUGUUCACUCACGCAUCCUGGCCACUUAGCUUAACGUCCCGCCCCAAAUGUUUAUUCUAUACAUUUAAUCAAAUGUUUAUUAUAUUAGAUCGUAUUAACAUGACAUUAUUGUAACCACCUGUAUGAAGUAUAUUUACAUGACAGGGAAUGUUUGUGGUUUUACCACGUUCCGUUAUCUAGUGGUAAGCUGUGUGAGGCAAGGGCCGAGAAUGCCUUUGAUAUGUGCGGUUUUGUAUCAUUAUUAUAUGACUUAUUGUAACCCCAAAUAUGAUAUUUUAUCUAUGUAAAUGUAUUCAGGUAGUAAGGAUGUGUCACAAAAUGUAUACUAACUAUGUAUGAGCCCGUAAGAUGCGGCUGCUCGAAGGACCAACUAGAGGUCAUUUGCAAUUAUGUUUUAUUUGUAUUCUACUUAAGCGUCCAGUAAUGAGUUUCGUCUUAAAUUAUUGUUAUCGAAGUACUGACUCCGUAAUUAUAAUGUUUAGUGUUAAGUUACUUUCUUAAGACCAAAAAGCAUGUUUCCCUAUAAGAAGUGGCCAGAUUGUUUUCCCACCCACCAC